UGUGAUGGGAGGGGCGGACAGAGCGGCAGCAGCAGCAACAGCAGGAGCAGUCUGGGGUGCAACAUCUACUCUGCUCAGACUCACUACCCCCCACUCCCAAAACCUGCGGACCCCAAAUGUUCACGUGCUUCUUAAUGCUUUUCCGUAAAACCAGAGGCGGCAAAGUGAAGUGAAGUGAAGUUGAAGGGUUCAGCGAAUUAGCAGCGUGGAAGGUGUGUUUGUUGAUGUUUUUCUUCUUUGGCCCGGUAUUCCCAGUAAACCAGGAAAAUUGCUUGGUGUAGCUGCAUCGGAGAAAAGGCUCGUGAGGAGGGGAAAUUGCGCGAUAUGAUGACCGAGGAACAAACGGUGACAGAGAAGAUAAUAUCAGAUGCUAUGGCUAAUCCUUCUCCAGCAAAGAGCAUGGGUGACCCUGGAAUCACCCCAUUGUCUCCUUCACACACUCAGCAGAGCGACACAGACCAGGUACAGUCACAGCUGUCCUUUGUGGUGGUGGUUGCCAUUGACUUUGGCACCACAUCCAGCGGUUAUGCUUACGCCUUCACUAAGGAGCCAGAGUGCAUUCACACCAUGAGGCGUUGGGAAGGUGGAGACCCUGGUGUGUCCAAUCAGAAGACUCCAACUACAAUCCUGCUGACUCCAGACAGGAAGUUCCACAGUUUUGGCUAUGCGGCGCGCGACUUCUACCACGACUUAGACCCCAGCGAGUCCAAACACUGGCUCUACCUAGAAAAAUUCAAAAUGAAGCUCCACACUACUGCAAAUCUGUCCAUUGACACAGACCUUCACGCAGCCAAUGGGAAGCGAGUGAAAGCUCUGGAUAUCUUUGCAUAUGCAUUGGCCUUCUUUAAGGAGCAAGCACUAAAGGAGCUGAGUGAUCAGACAGGUGGUGACUUUGACAACAAUGAUGUGAGAUGGGUGAUCACAGUUCCUGCCAUCUGGAAAAUGCCUGCAAAGCAGUUCAUGAGGGAAGCUGCCUAUAAGUCUGGUUUGGUGUCCCGUGAAAACCCAGAGCAGCUGAUCAUCGCCUUAGAACCUGAGGCAGCAUCAAUCUAUUGCCGCAAGCUCCGCCUCCACCAGAUGGUGGACCUGGGGACCAAGACCACUCAGAACGGCUUAAGCCCCACUGACAACGUGGGGAGCGGAAUGACCCAAGUUUCUUCAGGUCAUGCCAAGGAGCAUGUUCGGCGCAACCGGCAGAGCCGCACCUUUUUGGUGGAAAAUGUCAUAGGGGAGCUUUGGUCGGAGCUGGAAGAAGGUGACCGGUAUGUAGUGGUGGACUGUGGUGGAGGGACAGUGGACCUGACUGUUCAUCAAAUCCGCCUUCCAGAGGGACAUCUAAAGGAGCUCUACAAGGCCUCAGGUGGUCCCUAUGGCUCUAUUGGGAUUGACUAUGAAUUUGAGAAGCUACUUUGUAAGAUCUUUGGCCAGGAUUUCAUCGACCAAUUUAAGAUCAAGAGGCCGGCUGCCUGGGUGGACCUGAUGAUUGCAUUUGAAUCUCGGAAGAGAGCAGCAGCCCCUGAUAGAACCAACCCCCUCAAUAUUAACCUGCCUUUUUCCUUUAUUGACUACUACAAGAAGUUCAGGGGCCACAGUGUGGAACAUGCCCUGCGCAAAAGCAAUGUGGAUUUUGUUAAAUGGUCGUCUCAGGGGAUGCUGAGGAUGAGUCCAGAUGCUAUGAAUUCUCUCUUCAAGCCCACCAUAGAUCACAUCAUCCAACAUCUCACUGAGCUCUUUGAGAAGCCAGAGGUGAGCGACAUUAAGUUCCUGUUCUUAGUGGGCGGAUUUGCUGAGUCGCCCCUGCUGCAGCAAGCUGUCCAGAACAUGCUCCAGGGCCGCAGCCGCAUCAUCAUCCCCCAUGAUGUUGGCCUCACCAUCCUGAAAGGUGCCGUGCUGUUUGGCCUGGACCCCAGUGUCAUUAAAGUCCGCCGUUCACCCCUCACAUAUGGUGUGGGUGUCCUCAAUCGCUUCAUGGAGGGCAAGCACCCACCAGAGAAGCUGCUGGUGAAGGACGGCACUCGAUGGUGCACUGACGUUUUUGACACCUUCAUCGCUGCCGAUCAGUCUGUGGCGCUGGGUGAGAUGGUAAAACGGAGCUACACACCGGCCAAGCCUUCCCAACAGGUUAUUGUCAUCCAUGUCUACUGCUCUGAGAAGGACAGUGUUGGGUUCAUCAGCGAGCCUGGUGUCAGGAAGUGUGGAACACUUCGUUUGGAUGUGAGUGGAACGGAAAGCACAGCACCGCGCCGUGAAAUCCAGACGCUCAUGCAGUUUGGUGACACAGAGAUUCGGGCCAUGGCAGUGGAUGUGUCCACUGGACGUACUGUCAAAGCUAGCAUUGACUUCCUAAGCCAUUAAGCAGGGCAUUAGAGAGCUAAUUUAAGAAAAGUGUUGGAAGGAAUUGAAAUGGAAAACAUAUAGCUUACACAUACACAUUUACACACACACACACACACACACACACACACACACACACACACACACACACACACACACACACACCUACUCACAGUUGGUAAAUGAUAAUGAAUCUCAAGGCUCAUUCACUCUCAGUUUAAGCCUGGGCAGUAGAAAGUUGGAAUGAAAAUGUUAAACUUUACCUUAAACGCGGGCUGACAUUCAACUGUAGCAUCCGUGUUAUGACAAGGAAAAGAAAAGGUGUGUUUUAGGUCCUUCACAUCUCUAUGUCCCAGAAGUGUGUUAGUGUUCACACACUCAUCACAAACCCAUAUACCCCAUGCCAAGGCUUUGUUAAGUCAGGUUUAAGAGCUUGUGACGCUUGAUCACUUCCUAGCCGUAAUGUAUUACAAGACUGCUUUUCAAAUCUUCUCUCUGUGAAUUCCAGAGGAAAGGCUCUCAAAGAGAGAAAAAAUAGGUCAUAUGAUAUAAUAUUCCUACACAACCAUCGUGGAUACACAUUCAGAAAAUACAUAUUUACAUGCUUGUUUCUUUAAUGUUGCAGCAGAUCAUUGUAUUUCAUUAAUGAUGCUGAUUUCUGCUGUCUGGUUGCUCCACAUGGCAUAUGUUCACCACAAAAGAUUUUGUGUGUUAAAAGUAUAUAAAGGUCAUAACAACAUGCCAUCAAGCUUUGAUGCAAGGUCUGUUCGUGUUGUGUAAAAAUUACAUCAGCUCCCCUUCACAGCAGUUCUAAGAGCCAUUCCAGUGGUCUUGCAUGAUUUAGCCCUUUAAACAUAGUGUAAACCAUUAAUACAUCACACUGCUACCAACUAUUUUCCUUAGCAUACAAUUUUAUUUUAAAUUGGUUCAUUAUGUUCCACAAAGCCAUUAGCAAUAGUAAUCUUCUGUAGUUAACAUAUAGUCAGCUUAGUUUAUUGUCAAAGUUAUGUUAUUGCAUGGUAGUGCUGUUGCAAGAGUUCACUGUGGGGCAUUUAUGGACGCUUGAGGGCAGUGAAACAAGCUGUAAACAACAUCGACAUUUUAUCACCUAAUAAGGUUUUUACGUUUAACAUUCAUAACAAUUUGCUAUCACCCUAGCCAGCCCCGUUUUGGCUGUUUAAAACACAGCAGCUGAAGAUGAAUAUGGGUCUGGGAAUUGAGGACGUCGCAUUUCUACAAAUUUAUAUUAUACAUGUUCACCAGAUAAAUGGCUCGUACAGACUCCCUUGUUGUGGGUUUUGUUGCACUCACGGCAAUGAACCUUGCAGACAAUAGGAGAACAGACCUUAAAAAUAUGGCUUUUUUUUUAAACUGAUUUAGAGACAGUCUCCAUUUAAAACCAGGUGUUGUUGGACCUUCAUACUUGACCUUGAUAAGAUUACGUACUUCACUUCAACUCAAUUCAAUUCAAUUUUAUUUAUAUAGCGCCAAAUCAUAACAGAGGUUAUCUCAGGGCACUUUUCAUGUAGAGCAGGUCUAGGCCAGACUCUUUAUUGUUAUAAUACUUAUAUACUUAAAUAGUGAUACAUGAUACCAAGUGACAGUCCACUUUCCAGUACUCCAGAGUACUGAAGCAUAUCAGUUGGUACCAUGAAGGUACCAAAUUUUGAAAUCCAACCACACCUGGAGGAUAGGAAACCAAUGUAAAAACUGAUGCCAUGCCUUAGAGAAUAUCCGGUGAUAAUGUCAAGUAUAUCAGAUUUUUCAUCAUAGGCCAAAUCAUGCAAAGGUGCCAGUAUGAUCCUUUAAGAUUAUCCACACAUGCCAAGAAUGUGGAACAUUCUGUUCUCAAUUUGAAAAGCAAGUACAGUCAUCAAAUGUGCUUAAUUGUUGCCUUUAUUUGUUUAUGCUUCUGAUUACUAGCUGUGGAGAAAAUGCCACUUGGCCACUUGAAUACUUUGAAGCCAGGUGUGAUUCCAUUUGACACAAAAAAUGAAGUAUGUUUAUCUGUAAAUACAGUAUUUAAAUUUUGUACAGAUUUUUAGCAUUGUUUGCGCAGCUUUAGAGCCAAGAGUAUGUGUGUGUGUUUGUCUGUGUGUUUGUGUGUAUGCAUGCUUUCAUAUGGACAUCUCUCAACAUUUUUUUUCUCACCAGCCAUAGCAUGAGAGGCCAAGGCAGGUUUCAUUGCCUUGUUCUUCCAAAAGAGAAUGAGAAGAGAUUGGAUGUGUCGCCUGUUACUCCUUUUUUGUAAACACAAAAGAAACUUGAAUACCUCCGUCCUUAAAAAACAUUUCAGUGAAAAAGUCUACUGUUAGUUUUGAAAUGAUAGCAGUAUCUGAAUGUGUCCAGUCCCCUUUACCAUCCACCCUGAAGUACAAGCUCUGUAGGGAUUUCAUAAUGAUUUAUCAAAAUUAAAUGAAAAAAAAUAAUAAGACAAUUAAGAACCAUUAAGAACUUGAGUCAUUGAAUAUAUUAGACAUGGCCAUUUAUUUGUUAAAACUGAGGCAUAGUCAGCAAUAAGCAAACAAGUAAAAAGCCACAUUCCAGAUGUCUGUGAAAGGUUUAAGUUUUAAAUUCUUAAUUGAAAGAGUGCCUAGUAUGAAUAAAAUGUUAUGUCAAGAUUCACUCAUCCCAUCAGAACAUACAGUGCAUUCCUUCACCAUCCUAACUAUAUAUUUAGCUUUAUAUGUGUGUGACCAGCAUAAUCAAUGAGAAUCACAUUGAUUGUGAAUUCAUUGAAGGCCAUUGCCACAUCUAAAUGCUCAGCAUGUUCAUUUAACAUCCUCGUCAAAUUUAUUACAAAGCCUUGGAUGCGCUCCUGUUUGCCCUGUUAAAGUUACUGUAUUACGCUGUUAAUACACACUCAACAGUCCCGUAAGCGUUUCAAACUAAAAACCCUCUAGCACUUUAGUGGACAGAAACUCUUCAUUUCAUAACAGAGCUUUUAUUGUGAAACAUUUGCAGUUAUACCAUAUGCAACAAGAGCUGGAUUGGAUUAAAGGACAACAAAGCAAAGGAUCAGAAUGAAUGAAUCUUACCAUUGUGUCAGUUUGAACCCUGUCAAACAUAUCGGAUACAUUUAUCAGAAAUAUUCUCUGAAAACAAAGUGUAUAACAGUAGAUUAGGGACAAUUAUUAUCCACCCAUAUCCACCUUCAAUUUUUCCCCGGCCUGUAUUUGGGGUCCUGCCUUCAUUGGUAUGUGUAGUCCAUGUCCCAAGCCAUUAUCAUUUCAAUUGACUACUGGUUUUCAUAUGAGGAAAUACUAUAUGUAUGUGUGUGUGUGUGUGUGUGCCACAACAUUAAAACCGAUAACUGGUUUUAAUUUUGUAGCCGGUGUAUAAAAUCUGAAGGUGUGUGAAAGCUAAUAUGAUAACUUCUUCCAUUUUCACUCUGCAAGGCUCUUGUCACCAGUGAAAAUCCAUGUGAAGUCCUUCAUGGUGUGACCAGAGUAGAGGCGAUGCACCAGUCGCUGUGUAAAGUGGGCAUGAUCGACAGAUUGUCUGCUUUGGAAAGUUACAAAAAUUGCUCUUAGUGCACUGCCCAAUUGUACGUUGCCUCCAUAAGUGAAUCCAUUCUUUGCACUGAUGCCAUUAAAAUAAAUAGCAACAUUUCAGAAUGAAAUCUAUCAUAAAUGCUGGUGUGACUGGGGCCCUUAAACCUGCUUCAGUGCAUUGGCUUGCACCAGAAGUUGAAUUUAUUUCGUAUGGAAUGAUGCACUUCCUUCCUGUUUUGGCUGUUACGAAUGGAUACUGUACAUCCAGUUCAAUGCUUAUCCCUGACCAGACCUGUCAUCAUAUCCUAAAACAACUCGAUGAUACAUAUGGUGUCAGAAUUUUACACGUUUCUAAGCUAGAUAAAUAAUGCAGACCUAGACCUGAAACAUCCCAUAAAGAGGCCACAUAUCACCAUGAUAAAUACUGGGAGAACGAUAAACCUUUUUUUGGUCACUAGCUUGUUUGGUUCAAAAAAGAGGCCAAGUAACCAUUGAGUCUUUGGUAUUGAUCAGCAACCCUGACAGAUACAGCAUAUUAGUAAUUCUUUGCUAUAAUGUCUUUGAAGAUCUUAAUUAUAACCACUUAAAAAGCCAUUUUCUUAGAUUCUUUAUUUGAACUGUGAAUCGAAAAGUGUCUUGCUCAGUGUCAGUGUAUAAAGUUGCACAAGCUUCAGUGCCCUUUUCUGUUUUCAGCACUCUUUCGGCAAUGCAUGUUUCGCAUGUGUCACAUAGGAAUGACUAAACAACAAGUUGAUUGCUAUUACUAGUACACAAAGUCAAGGUUUACCACUGGGGAUGAUGAUGAUGGUGAUGGUAGUAUUUUCUGGAAGAAGCGUUGUCCUCCUCAGCCUUGUCAAAGUGUUGAAGACUGACUUGGCUGUGUGUAAUACCCUGCUGCUUUCGGAGCUGAUGUAGUUCAUGUUAAUGCUCAUAACUGAUGGCAGCUCAUAACUACAGCUAUGGCAGCACUUCAUAUACUUUACUGAUAACUAACCUAAUAACCUUUGAUUCCUUCUAUACAUCUCUGUAUUCACUAAGGAGGGAUAUCAAGUGGAAGGAUUUAAUAACACCAUGGUCUGUUAUUUCCUUGGUUAGAUGAUUACAAUGUAUUUUGUGCAACCUUGAGUAUUAUAUAAUGCACAGGACACUGUUAUGUAGCAGCUUUAUACUUGAAGCUAUUCGCGGCACGUAAGACAGCAUUCGACACUUUGGCUGAGAUGUCAAAUUUCUGAUAGAUCAGUCAGAGGUGAAGUAUCUCAGUGGAUGUAAUUUGAGGUAGCAGUCUAGCCAGCUUGCAUCAUGCACAAAUAUCUGCUUAACGCUAUCUAGAAACAAAUAAUAGAAAAUAGAAAAAAAAUUAAAAGCUAAAAUGAUGAAGCUUGCAGUUAGGAUUCUCAGCCACUCUGGAAGGCAAUUCAAUGUACACGUUGUUCUUUAGUCCUUUACUGAUGAUGCAAAGCAGUUUAGGUUAUGUUUUGUUUUUUGUUUUUAUCUUGAGUUACUUAAAUGUCUUGUUCCCUUUUUUUUCAAACAGUAAUCUGUGUAUUUUUUGAUCAAUGUCAGGUAUUCACUGUCAGACUCUCACCAAUAAAA